AUAUUCCCACCUUGUGAGACACAUGAGGACUGACACAGGAGAGAAACUCUUUGAAUGUCCUGUGUGUGAGAAAAGUUUCAGUCAGAUUUCUCACCUGGUGAACCAUCAGAGGACACACACAGGAGAGAAACCAUUUGACUGUCCUGAUUGUGGGAAAGGUUUCAGUGAGAAUUCCAGCCUGAUAAGACACCAGAGGACUCACGCAGUUGAUAAACCUUUUGAAUGUUCUGAUUGUGGGAAAGGUUUCAGUAAGAAUUCCAACCUGGUGAACCACCAGAGGACUCACACAGGAGAGAAACCCUUUGAAUGUCCUGUUUGUGGGAAACGUUUCAGUCAGAAUUCCAACCUGGUGAAGCACCAAAGUACUCACACAGGAGAGAAACCCUUUAAAUGUCCUGUUUGCGGGAAACGUUUCAGUCAGAAUUACAGCCUGGUGAGCCAUCAGAGGACUCACACAGGAGAGAAACCCUUUGAAUGUCCUAUUUGCGGGAAAUGUUUCAGUCAGAAUUCCAACCUUGUGAGCCAUCAGAGGACUCACACAAGAGAGAAACCCUUUGAAUGUCCUGUUUGCGGGAAACAUUUCAGUCAGAAUUACAGCCUGAUGAACCAUCAGAGGACUCACACAGGAGAGAAACCCUUUGAAUGUCCUGUUUGCGGGAAAGGUUUCUGUCAGAAUUCCAACCUGGUGAGCCAUCAGAGGACUCAUACAAAAGAGAAACCCUUUGAAUGUCCUGUUUGUGGGAAAAGUUUUGGUCAGAAUUGCAACCUGGUGAGCCAUCAGAGGACUCACACAAGAGAGAAACCCUUUGAAUGUCCUGUUUGUGGGAAAAGUUUUGGUCAGAUUUCCAGCCUGGUGAAUCAUCAGAGAACUCACACAGGAGAAAAGCCCUUUGAAUGUCCUCUUUGUAGGAAAAGUUUUAGUCAGAUUUCUCAUCUGAAGAACCAUCAGAGGACUCACAAAGGAGAGAAACCAAUUUAAUGUUCUGAUUAUAGGAAAAGUUUCAGUCAGAAUUCUGUCCUGGUGAACCAUCAGAGGUCUCACACAGGAGAGAAACUCUUUGAAUUUCCUGAUUGUGGGAAACAUUUCUGUUACAAUUCCAACUUG